ACUACUAGAACUACCAAGAAUAAAUGAGUAUCAAAAUCAUAUUUGUCUUCAAAUGACGGCGGCUUAAUGUUAUGUUUUCUAGACAACGAUCGCAAUCUUGGAACCCAGUCAGGAAGAUGAGCCCUCACCGACAGUGUGUAAAAAGGUACUGAGUUUCCUUGAAAAGGAACUAAAGCUAUUUUGUCUGAGUGGUGUACGAGGCAUUGAAUUGACGAGGUACAUUGCUUGCCAAUGCAGUUCAGACUCGGGUAACGCCCACAUGCAAAUCGUGCGCACAUUUGACGAGGAUGUGCUGCCAUGUGGAAGCAAUAUAUUGCUGCGCUAUCGUCGACUAUUUGGAGAUGACAUGCCACGAGUGCAAGAUCGUCCACAGUCUCAGCAAGUAGUACAUAUACCAACAGGUUUUGUGGAUGACGCCACCAUUGUGACAGUUUCUGACGAUUUGAGUCUCAGCUGGAGAAGGUUUGGUGUCCGUUUGGGACUUAAGUGGUCGAAAGUUAACAUGUUCAAUGCUGAUGGUACACAGACUCAUAAGGCUGCCGAAAGUAUGAUGAAUUACUGGAGGAGUAACAUCAGUAGUGAUAUUCAUCAACGUAAAAUGCUGUGCACUGCUCUACAACACCAUAAGCUCAGGCAGCUAGCUGAAGUAUUGUUUGAGGGUGAAGUUAACGAAAAUCUCGUCAUUCAACAAGCAGGAAAAUGUUUUAAUGAUCAAGAUUUGCUGUUCAUUUGUGACAACGUGGAGUCUGGACCAUGGAAGAGACUGGGAGUGCAUCUUGGACUCAAGUGGAGUGAUAUUAAUAAGAUAGCAAAAAACAACAAAUUGGUGGAAGACCGCGUCAUGGAAUUGCUGGUUACUUGGAGGGAUAAUCAAUUAAAGAGCCAACAAAUACCAAUCAUGAUGAACGGUUUGAGACAACAGAAGCUCCUUAGACUUGAACAACGUGUACGUGAAAGGCAUGGCUACAGUGACGACUCAGAAGUUAUACCAACUCAGAUAAAUCUGCCGCAAAUUCCAACGCAAGGGCAAGGUUGCUUAGAUGAUAUUGACAUGGUGUUUAUCUCUGACAAACUUGAUGGCAAAGAUUUGACAAAUUUCGGCAUCUACCUUGGUAUGGAGAAACAUGAAAUAAAUCGAAUUGAGUCAGACUUUUCACCACCAAUUGUAGAUGCCUGUAUUGAAAUGUUGGUACUGUGGCGAGAAAGACAGAAAGCUGAAGUAAAUCAUCUCAAAACAAUUAGUGAAAUACUGAGCAAAGUUGAACGAAUAGAUAUCAAGGAUGAACUUGAGUCAUACUACCAGAACAAAUAUGGCAAAAUUGAAGCAAAGGUGUAAAAGAACAUUUUAAAGAUAACAGUGCAAUAAAAAAGUUACACCAGAAUAUAAUUUUACCGUGGUUACAUACACCACAGUACCACAUUAGGACACUUUUUAAUUAGGAAAUUUUAUUUUACUCGCCUUUCGAUCAUUUAAACUGCAUGCUUUUGAUGCUGUCAUACUGUAGAUAUUGAAUACAAAAUGAAAACAUUAAUGUCAACUUUUUCUUUUGAAAAUAUGUGUAUAAAAACCGAAAUGUCUACUGAAUAAUCCUAGAUAAGAAAAUAUAAUACAUACUCUAAGUAUUAAAAUCCUGGUAAUGACAUAAUGUCGAAAUAUUGAAUCCCAACACAAUGACGUGCAUUUCAAUACUUGGACUGUAUUAUACUUUCUAAUGUAUAUAAAGUGUAUGUACGUCUAUAUUCAUUAUGCAAUUUAAAUUAUAAAUUAUUACUUAUAUUACGUUAAAGGUCAAAUUAAUAUUAUUAUUCAAUAUAUAUGAUACACCAUUUGU